GUAUUUUUAUUAUGCACAGCAAGUAUGCUACUAGAUCUAGAUUCUGGAUCUAAAUUACUCACAAACUUAAAUCGUGAGAAGCAGAUGAUUAAAUAAAUCUAAUAAAACCAUUUAAACUUUUAAAGGCUUAAUAUUUUUGACAAACGCAGAAAUUAAUAUUAUGAAGGAAUUAUGCUGUACUUACCUUAUUAUUAUUUAAUUUGUUUCUUAAAGAAUAGAAUUGUAUUUGAUAUCUGAACAUCAUUUGUAGAAAAUACUAAAGACUAUUUGUAGAAAUAAAAAGAAAGACAACCACAUCCACAUUUUAAAAAUUCAAGUUUAUAUCAGCCAUGGCACCUCAAAACCAUGAUAAAUUUCUUUUGGAUAUGGAUAUUAGCUAUGAUAUGGAACGGCUCUUUGAUCCAUAUAAUCUCGAUCAUAUACCAGUUGAAAAAAGACUUGAGUUGUUUAAACAGAGAGAUCUAGCUCACGUCAAACAUUAUAAGGCUGCAGUGAAAAUAUUUGGUGGGCCUCCAAAGCGUACUAGAAUAAUUUUAGCACCUUCAAUGGAAACACCAUUUAAGCAUCGACUGGGACUCUAUCAUAAUGUUGCGCCCUUACCUCCUCCACUAGUUUUAAACAAUCCACUAAAACCCCCUCAAGAAAUAAUAAAAGAACCAUCCAAAGAGGAAAAAGAUAUACAUGAAGAGAAUGAAAAGCGCAGCAAUUACAAAAGCUGGAUGACAAAACAUAAACAAAUCAGGAAUGACCUUGAUAACAUGAAUCUUAAUGAAGCUUUUCUUGCCAGAAAGACUAACAAGUCUGAAAUAGAAAAGAGAGUGGAGUCAAAGUUACGUGCCAAUCGUCUCUGUAAACUGGAGCCAUUGUUAUUGCAUGAUGUUGCUCUACCACCUAAACCUCGUCCUCCAGUUCCUGUAAUGACUCUUCCUCCUCCUGAAGGUCUUGAGAUACUUGACAGAUUUCUGACUCUAAACCAAAUUCGUCUCAUGGAUUUAUUCUUACUGGCUGACACUGAUAAAAGCUGGUCCAUUUCAAGAGAAAAAUUUCUGAAACUAAUUUCUAAGUAUGAGUUACCACUAAGUGAAAGUGAGGUGGAUGAUUUGAUUUUAUCACUUGACACAGAUUCAGAUGAUAAGUUAAAUUACAAAGAUUUAAACAAAGGUCUCACAGCAUGGAGAAAACAAAGAAGAAAUGCUGAAAAACAAAGCUUAAGCAUAUCUUCUAGCAGUAGUAAUCACUCAAAAGGUAAUUAUAAAACAUUGCAUAUACCAGACAAGGAGAAUGAAGUCUUUGACGAUGCACUUAAUCAAGAACAAGUCCAAACCUUAAAGCUAUUAAGAUCUAGAGUUGAAGAAGAGCCUCAAUCUUCUUAUUCUGAAGUCAGAUCCCACUCUGUUAAAACCCACGAACAAAAUGUACAAAAUGUUAAAACUUCAGACAUGUUAUUAAAGAAACAAUCCACAGCAGCAAAAUCACAUAAAGAAAUGUUGUCAAGAUCUAAUGAUGAAACACUUGAUGAAACAAGAGUCAGAGACAAUGUUCAUGACAUUGGUCCAGCUGAAGACAAAAAAAGAAUGACAUCAGCAAAAAAUUCCCGACCUGUUUCUUGCAAAACCUUGUCAAGUUCUCGUACAAGCACACCCCACUCUCUAGAACUUCCAGAAUUGGAUCUUAGGCAAGAGGCCAUGGUGCCAUCUUCACCAGAGGCAUUGGUAGACCUUCGCAAGCAUGACAGAGUUGUCCUUAGCAGGAAUAAUGUGAAGAGAAGUAUGUCACCAGAACAAAGAAUAGUCUAUGAUGAUGUUCCAGGUGUCAUCAAGAUUGGCUAUAAACCAAUUGAUGACCACUGUUCAGAGUCCACACUUGGUGGUGAGAUGGCUAGUCAUGUCAAUCAGUUCAGAAGGGAAAAACUUAAAGAAUACUUUGAUGUGAAGAAACUGUUUGAGGAUAGUGGACUCCCUUUUACACUUAAAACACUAGACAGAGUUCUCUUGUAUCCUGGUGAUAAACCUACACAUUCUAUUAAUGGAAGUCUUGGUCUACUAAAUGGGUGUCUCAUGGAAGAACAAAGUACAAAUCGUCAGUCCUUGUCCUUAAAAACAGAACUGAAAAAUAAGUACAACAGUAACAGCCCAAGACAGUUAUCUGCUCCUGUUACUGGCCCUAACAGUAGUGCCACAAAGUUAAAGAACUCCAGAGAGGCUGCUAGAUAUGACAGCAAGGAUAGAGGAGUUGCUCACAAAAACACUAAUGAAAUUAAUAACAACAAGAGAAAGAAUAAUAGUAAGCCAAGCAAGAAGUUCAAGCACAGAUAUGUUAAAGUAGAGGAUAUUUACCCACUAGCAGCUAAAGUUCUACCUGUAGCACAAGAAGAAGAGCUGAGUUCAGGUUUGGCGCUGAUCAAACGUAAAGUAGACAACUGGAUGACAUUUGAGGAAUAUAGCAAGUAUACAAAAAAGUUGCAGAAAAAAUUCCAGCACAACCAAAUCAAAAGCAACCCUUCAUCGGACUGGUCAGGAUAUCUUUUGGAUAAACUGCGACUUUGUAUGGAUAAUGAGUCUGUUACUGCCAAAGGAAAUUUUCACCAUAGAGGUUCUUUACAUUACGAAGGUAUUGGGACAGGCAUGUACAAUGGUUUAGGAACUGCUGUGUUUCACCAUACUGCACAACCCAAGCAAGCUUACCAUGGUUAUAAUAAUGACCUCCAGACUUGGCCCAUAGGAGAAAAUGGAGUUCGUUAUGGCAACAUUGAUGAGCAUAGAAUCAUAAGAUGAUUGUUUUUCUGUAACACAUUUAUGUAAAACAAGUGUAAAUUAUGACUCAUAUUUAUUUUAGGUUUCAAUACUUACUUAAUUCUUAAAAUAUAAAAAAAAAGUUAAUUAAUGAAUCAGCAAUGUAUGUCAAAACAAAAAGAGUGUGGCAAACAGAAGGCUCAUGUAAAAAAAUUAUCAAAUAACAGCAUUGAUUUUUAAUUUAAACUGUUUGUAAGAUGAAAGGUAAAGUACCAUUUCAGACCUUAAUGUCUGUUUCUGGAAACUAGAAAAGUAAACUAUUCUAAUGACGAUGAUUCAGCAUUAGCAAUAGUGUGUGUGUGUGUGUGUGUAUAUAUAUAUAUAUAUAUAUAUAUAUAAAAUUAUAUAUACGUACAUGUAUGUAUGUUUAUACAUUUGAAUUUUUAAAAAUGUUUCUUAUUCACUUGUUUUGAUGUCACAGUUAAUUGCCUAUAAGAAAAAGGCUAUUGUGUUGGUCAUUGCAAUUCAAAAUUAUAAAUAUAUCAAACUAUAAAGAAUCUUACUUGUAAAAAUUUGAAUAAAAUCUUUUUAGAACA